CGUCAGCGAUAGAAACGUGACAAGCAUCGUCAACGGCGUGUAUGCACCAAUCAUGUGACACACACACAAACAGGAAACUAGAAAACAAUCAUAACUGAAAAUAGGAGCUGAUGCCACCCAAAACCAAAUAAAAUACAAUAGAAUGUAAAGAAUUAAUACAAAACACAUAUAGAAAAACUGAUUAUUAUAAGGUAUUAAAACAUUGUGUGUAUUAUUAAAAACUGAUUAUUAUAAGGUAUUAAAACAUUGUGUGUAUUAUUCAUAAUAAUUUUAAACUCAUUUUGUGCUUUUAGGUGUAUAUGUAUUUAUGGCUAUGAACAGGAAGGACAAGAUUGCAUUGCCAUAAACCAUUGCAGCAAACCCUCAACUCAAUGCAGCUCACAGGCUAAUUGUGUUUAUGAUGGGCCUGGUAGAUACCACUGUGAGUGUAAAGCAAACUAUGAAGGUGAUGGCAUGGAAUGCACCCCUGUAAACCCCUGCACUCAUCCAUCAAUGGGGAACUGCCACCAACAUGCUACAUGUUAUUACACCUCACCUGGACAGAAUACUUGUGCAUGUAAUGAAGGAUAUAUUGGAGAUGGAUAUGAUUGUUCACUUACAAAUUCCUGCACUGGUCUCUGUCAUCCACAGGCUACAUGUGAAGACAUAGAGGGUGUGCCACAUUGCAUUUGUGGAAAUGGUUACCAUGGAGAUGGAAUCGUCUGCUACAGCAACAUUGCUAUUGAGAUAGCUAGUAAUUCAAUACUGAUCAAUUUCAAUAACUUACUAAUGGUAAGUCUAAAACAAUUAUUCAUUUGGUUACUGACACAGACUAUUGUUUCCAUAACUGACACAGACCAGUUCUUUGAUUACUGA